AUGGAAAACGCUAACGAACUUGUGGAAUUGGAGGUGUGUGAGAGUGCAUUCAAUAGGCGAUUGCACACAUUUAAUAUCGUGAAUAAAGUGACACGUGUUGAUAUUAAAGGAUUUUUAUGGGAUGCGUUUCCCAUUUAUAAACUUGAAAUAUCGAGCACUCAUGAAUUGCAUAACAUGGUGAAAUCAUCGACAACUCUCGUAGCUGAAUUCGAAAAGAAAAUACUGAAAGCGAGUGAAAUUAACGCGUCAGGUCCUAGUACUAAUGCAAGUGAAAGUGAUACAGUUGAGGAGACAAUAGUGCAGACAUUGUAUUUUACAUCGCGGACUACGAAGAUUGGUUUGAAUGUGGAUUGGAAACGACAUUAUAAACAUAAUGUGAUUGAAGAGCUAAAAGAAAGCGUUGAAAAUGCAGCAAUCGAAGGUUCUGGAUUUAAACUACGAAACCUUAUUAAAUUGAAUGUUCAAGUUUCCUCAUUCAGACCACUACUCGGCGGAUCAUUUAUCGAAGCUCCUAUUAAAUUGAAGAAAAGAGGAGCAAUUAUCAACGUUAAAAAUGAAAAUGAUAAUAUGUGCUUCAAAUGGGCUAUUUUAUCUUGCCUUCAUAAUAAUAAAAUACAAAAGAAUGCAAAUCGACUCUGUCUUUAUAAACGAUAUGAAAAUGAUCUAAAUUUCGAUGGUAUUGAUUUUCCAGUUAGUUUAAAAGACAUUGAUAAAUUUGAGAAGCAGAAUGAGAAUAUAUCCAUUAAUGUGUACUUUUAUGAUAAUGACUCAGAUCUAGUAUCUACACUGCGAGUGAGCGACGAUAUAAAAGAGAAACAUAUUCACUUGCUUAUGUUAACUGCUAGCAAUCGUGUUAAUACUGAUGGUGCUAUGUCAACUGCAGGAAAAGUUAAAAUGAUGCUUGAAAGUGAUCAAGUUCAAACUCAUUAUUGCUGGAUUAAGAGUUUAAGUCGAUUAAUUGACCAUCAACUAACUGAUCAUGGACAUAAAAGCAGUGGAGCCAAAUCCGAUUGCAUUGAGUGGUUUAUCGAAGAACUAAGUUACAUCUCAAACUUUGUUGAAAAGCAGCUAAAAAAAAAUGUGCCAAUGAAAUGGGAAGAUUGGGAUGACGACUUUGUGUUUCAGAAUAAUAAUCAUUGUUCAAUAUGUACAUUGGAAUUUGAGCCAGACGAUACGCGGGUCCGUGAUCAUUGUCAUUUCACGGGGAAAUUUCGAGGGCCAGCUCACGUUAGCUGCAAUUUAAAUUAUCAAGAGAGUCGGGAAAUUCCGAUUAUCAUGCAUAAUUUAUCUGGGUAUGAUGCUCAUUUAUUUAUCAAGCAGCUGGCAACGCAAAUGGAAGGCGAUGUAAACAUUAUACCAAGUAAUUCGGAGCAAUACAUUUCGUUUACAAAAAUCGUCAACGACAGUAUUCAUCAUCCAUCAGAACAUAAAGACAAAAUCAAAUUGAAAUUCUUGGACAGCUGCCGUUUCAUGCCUGCGGGUUUAGCUGAACUGGCUUCGUUGAUUCCAACUGAAGAAAAGCGUAUAUUAUAUAAGGAAUUUGAAAGAAAAUAUUCAUCGGAACUGUUGCACAUGCUUGAACGUAAAGGCGUUUUUCCAUAUGAUUAUGUGGAUAGUUUGGAUCGAUUGAGAGAAACUGCUCUACCGUCAAAAGAGCAGUUUUAUAGCAAGCUUUACGAAGAAGACAUUGAAGAUGAUGAAUAUGAGUUUGCGCAACAGAUUUGGGAAAAAUUCGGAAUAAAAUCGCUUGGAGAAUAUGCUGAAUUAUAUUUAAAGACUGAUGUACUGCUGCUGGCCGAUGUUUUCGAAAACUUUCGGGAAACGUGUCAUAAAAUUUACAAUCUUGAUCCAGCGCACUAUUACACAGCACCUGGACUCUCAUGGGAUGCCAUGUUAAAAUACACAGACGUUGUAAUUGAACUUAUCACCGAUGUCGACAUGCUGCUUUUUGUUGAGCGUGGAAUUCGAGGAGGAAUAACCCAAUGCAACAAACGGUAUGUCGAAGCAAAUAAUAAAUACAUGAGGGAAGGCUACGAUCCCAAUAAGAAGACCAACUACCUAAUGUAUUUAGACGCAAAUAAUCUAUAUGGACAUGCGAUGUGUCAGCCGCUACCGAUUAGUGAUUAUAAAUGGGCCGACUUUGACUUGAGCAAUGUUGACAAUAUGGUGGAGAUUAUAAAAAAUUUAUCUGAGGAUUCGGAUACUGGAUAUAUAUUUGAGGUCGACUUAGACUAUCCGGAGCAUCUUCACGCUGACCAUAAUGACUUUCCAUUCUGUGCUGAAAGAACUAAGCUACCACAGCAGGCAUUUGAUAUUCUAAAAGAUAAG